AUGACGCCAACUCCAGCGCAACGAGUUGCAACGAGAUUGAAAAUUCUGGAAGAGAAGGAAAACAGAGCUCCUCCAGAAUUAAAGGAUACGCCCAGCUCUCAAGAGGGACCAUUCCUGACUCAAGAGCAAUUGUUCUACGAGAUCCAGGACCGAGAAAUCGGCGAAGAAGUGGCUAAGCUAGAGAAGGAAUUGGAAAAUAUCCGUCGCAAGAGGGAGGAAAUGAGAAAAUCGCGCGAGAAAAAGAAUGAAGCUUCUUUAGAAGCGAUUCUUGCGAAGUACUUGCACAUAAACGAGUCUUUGCCGCCCAUUCCAGAGCUGAGUGAGGAGCACCUCGCGAUCGUCGAGUCCGUUUGGUCGCGAGGACGCGAUAAAAUCAUAUCUGAAAUCGCUGGCGAGGAAUGCAAGAAGAGUGAUCUCGCGACGCUCAGAGGCACGCAAUGGUUGAACGACUUGGUCAUCAAUUGUUACUUCAACCUGAUGAUGCAACGCGCAGAGGCCGACAGCGAACUUCCGCGAGUCUUUUGCUUCAAGACAUUCUUCUACCCCAAAGUGAAACAAAACGGGCACAAGGGCGUCAAACGCUGGACGAAGAAAGUCGACAUCUUCGCUAUGGACAGACUGCUCUUUCCGAUUCAUCUCGGUGUUCAUUGGACGAUCGCAGCGGCUCUCAUGAAGGAGAAGAAGGUGAUUUAUUUGGACUCCAUGGGUGCAUCGAACGAAGAAUGCAGAGAGCUCAUUCUCGAGUAUCUUAGAGUUGAGCAUGAAGUCAAAAAGGGCUCGGAACUGUCCGAUGACUGGAUCACAGAGUCCUGGUCUCACGAAGUGCCACAGCAAGACAAUGGCAGUGAUUGCGGAGUCUUCACCUGCAAGUUCGGAGACUAUCUUUCCCGAGGCUUCACCAAGUUCAACUUCAAAGCCGAAGACAUGCAGACUAUGCGAAAAGCAAUUCUGGUCGAAAUCGCCCAAAAACGCAUGAUCUUUUAA